GAAAAUCUCGCGGCGUCAACAAACAAAUUCAGUAGAUUGAUUUUGGGUUUUUAAUUCAUAAUGCCCUCUUGGAAUCAAAUUCAAUCUCAAUUAAGGAACACUAGUAAUCCUGUUGUGUUCAUGGAUAUUAGUGUUGGAGCUACGGAAAUCGGUCGUAUGAUAUUAGAGUUGUUUGCAGACGUAGUUCCUAAAACUAGUGAAAAUUUUAGACAGUUAUGUACUGGAGAAUACAAGAAGGAUGGUGUCCCAUUAGGUUUUAAAGGAAGCACAUUUCAUAGAGUUAUCAAGGAUUUCAUGAUACAAGGAGGUGAUUUUGUCAAUGGUGAUGGAACAGGUGUCAUGAGCAUUUAUGGAGGGGUCAGUUUUUCAGAUGAGAACUUUAUUUUAAAGCAUGAUUCACCAGGAUUGUUAUCUAUGGCAAACAGCGGAAAAGAUACGAAUGGAUGUCAGUUCUUUAUUACAUGUGCUAAAUGUAAUUUCUUAGACGGAAAACAUGUAGUUUUUGGAAGGGUAAUUGAUGGUCUUUUAGUAAUGAGGAAAAUUGAAAAUGUUCCCACUGGUCCGAAUAACAAACCGAAAAUUCCAGUAUUAAUUUCUCAGUGUGGCCAAAUGUAAUGAAUAUUAUUUUAUUAAUAAAUUAAAAAAAAAAAAAAAAGAAUAUUGGUUAUCACAGAUACCUGAUAAUGAAAAGAAAAUAUAUUUUCUAUUCCUUCUAUUACUGUAGAAGAUAAUUUUAUUUAAUUUUUUAUUGAAAAAAUCUGUAUUGCUGUAUUCAAUACCAAGAUAAACGAUGUCAAGGAGCUAAGGUAAUAUUGUAAAAUAAAUUAAUUUAUAAAUUCUCAA